GGGGGGACGGUCAGUCGCGGCACUGAGCUGGAGAGGUCGGAUCCCUUCUCGUCUCUGGUGGGUUUCGGAUCGGCGCGCCCUGCUCGGCUUGGCCAUGGAACCUACCCAGGACGCCGAGGAGGCGCGCUCUGUGCGCGAUGCGCUGGGCCGCUAUGAGGCGGCGCUGGAAGGUGCGGUGCGCGCGCUGCACGAGGACAUGCAGGGGCUGCAGCGCGGCGUGGAGCGGCGGGUGGCCGAGGCGCUUCGCCUGGCCGGCCCCCUGGCGCGCACCGUGGCCGAGCUCCAGCAGGACAACCAGCGGCUGCAGGCGCAGCUCGAACGCUUGACGCGCCAGGUGGAGGCGCUGGGCUUGGCGACCGGGCUGUCCCCUGCACCCGGCACACCCAGCCCCCCGCCCGCAGCAGGGGUUUCGGACCGCGCACCUCGCCUGGGCACCGCACGCUUCGCUAGCCACGCCACUUUCUCGCUGUCCGGCCGCAGCCAGAGCAUGGAUCAUGACGAAGCCAGUGAGCCAGAAACAAGACGAACCUCAAACUCGUGUGUCACUGAAAACGGACACCUGCCUGGUGCAGGUCCAGGUGAUGGAUCCUCUGAGGCAGCCCAAACCUCAGCACCACAGCCUUCUAGACCUCGCCCUGUGAGCCUCUCCUUGAGGCUGCCACACCAGCCAGUCACAGCUGUCACCCGAGUCUCUGAGAAGUUCUCUGGGGAGACCUCAGCUGCAGCUCUGUCGCCUACAUCUGCUGCCAUCCUAGGGGGCUUCAGCCCAAGCCCCAGUGAGGCCACCACCCCAUGGACUCCUAGUCCCACUGAAAAGAAUUCAUGUUUCACGAGGUCUUUGUCGAGCUCUGGGUAUGGGGCAGUGACAGCAGGCAAAUGCAAGGACAGAUGCCCAGGUCACCUUCAGGGAGAUGCUUGUGCUGACUGUCCUGGGGUGGGUGCUCUGCAGAACUUGGGCAGCUGUUGGCAGCAGGCCCUGCCCUCUCUCCACAGGAGCAAAGGUGAGACCCGAGCCAAGUUGAAGCGGUCACAGAGCUUCGGUGUGGCCAGCGCCAGCAGCAUAAAGCAGAUCCUGCUUGAGUGGUGCCGCAGCAAGACCCUGGGAUACCAGCACGUGGACCUGCAGAACUUCUCCUCCAGCUGGAGUGACGGGAUGGCCUUCUGCGCCCUGGUGCACUCCUUCUUCCCUGAUGCAUUUGACUACAAUGCCCUGAGCCCCACACAGCGACAGAAGAACUUCGAACUGGCCUUCACUAUGGCUGAGAAUCUUGCCAACUGCGAGCGCCUCAUUGAGGUGGAGGACAUGAUGGUGAUGGGCCGCAAGCCAGACCCCAUGUGCGUCUUCACCUACGUCCAGUCGCUGUACAACCACCUGCGUCGCUUUGAGUAAAGAUCUUGGGUCUGGAGAGCCCAGGAGGAGACUGUGAGGCUGCUUGUGUUCUCCUGGCAGGGUGAUCCCCCAAGAAGAGUUGCCUCUGGUGCGAGCUCGCUGUGUGGCCUGUGAUGUGUGGCUGGGUGCCCCCACACCCAGCUGUGUUACAGAUUAAAGUACAGCUGACUGAGCCCAAGCAGCACUGUCACAGCCAAGGGUUUGAAGGACAAGGAAAAACUCCCAGAGAGAGAGAAAUUGGUGCUAAGUAAUGAUCUUCCUGAAGAAAAUGCUUGUCUGUGUAGCUUCUGAAUGCUAAAUUAUAAUUUUCCCUCUGGUGGAUUUGAUACAUUGGCUUGAUGGGGUUCCAUUGAUUACCAAGUGUUUUUUUUUUUUUUUUAAUCAAAAUACCCAGAGUUUUUUACUUUCUCACACUAUUGUAGGUCCCUUUCCUCCCUCCCUCUGGGCCUUGGCCAGGAAACGAGAAGGCUUAAUCAGCAGCUUGACAAAGAAGACAAGGCUGGGGAUGAAACAGUUUUAUCACACCCAAGUCCUGGGCCGCAGAUGACCUUCAAGUCACCUCUACUCUGUUGAGGAGGAUGGGAAGGCUCUCACCUAGAUCCUAAAGGGCUCCUGCUCUUCCCAGGAGGCCCCAUGAAUGCUCAGCUAAGAAUAGGCUUUCUGGAAUUUAACAUUUUAGGUGAAAGAGAGGCCCCUUGUGCUCAGUUUUUAAUUACAUCUUUUUUAGGGGAUUUGUUGUAGGUAUUUAUAAAAAGUAUUUCCAUCCGAACCAUUGACCAGUCUGAACAUAGAAGUAUGUGUCAAAUUUUGCUUGGGAUUUGUUAUGACUGGGAGAUAUGGGUUUUGUGAAGAAGAGACUGCAUAUUUUCAAAUGAAGAUCUACUUAAAUUAUACCAUAACUGUAUUUAAACCACUUGUCUGGGAAGAUGAAAAUGACAUUUUCUAAAUGUCUCCCAACUUGUCUGUCACUCCCCAUCUCUGGAAAGUCCUCCCUUGCAGAUCUGUCCCUUGGAUGUUAACAAUGUAUUGUGAUAAAAGGUGGCCCCAGAUGGAAGGUUUUGAGGUGUUCUUUCUUUUUUUUUUCAGUGCCACUGAGCCACACCCUAACCCCUGAUGCAAGCCCAUCAAGGAG